AUGAGCGCUUCCUAUCCGUCAUGGAAAGAUCGUACGCAGAAUCAGUUUGGAAAGCUUCAGAUUCAAGUGCCAUGGCGCUCAUUCCAGCUCCUGGUGCCACAUCGCAUGCGUCGCAAGCUCCGGUCCAAACUCCGGAGCCGCCUCUCGCCCACCUCGUCCAUAUCGAGGUUGCAAACCUCCUUCUCACCUGUCGACACCCUUAAGUCCUUACAGACACACCGAUGGACGCUGUAUGACUUCCAAUACUUGUUGCUCCUCAUCAUCGGCUUCUUCUCCUUGACGAUCAUCCAGUCUCCUGGUCCACUGGGAAAGACCGCGAUCGCCACCGGACUCUUAUGCUCCCUCCUUAUGCCAAUCACCCGGCAAUUCUUCUUGCCUUUCCUCCCCGUUGCUGGAUGGCUUAUCUUCUUCUAUGGGUGCCAAUUCGUUCCAAGCGAUUGGCGGCCUGCCAUUUGGGUCCGAGUGUUACCAGCCAUGGAAAACAUCCUGUACGGUGCCAACAUCAGCAACAUUCUAUCCGCCCACCAAAAUGUGGUGCUUGACAUUCUGGCAUGGAUUCCUUACGGACUCUGCCAUUACGGAGCGCCAUUCGUCGUUUCGCUGAUCCUUUUCUUCUUCGGCCCCCCGGAACUACCCCUCUCCGACUACUCUAUGCAGGGAAACCCGGCUGGUCUUGCUCGGAUUGACAAGCUACUGGGUAUUGAUCUCUACACUUCGGGCUUCAGACAGUCCCCCGUUGUUUUCGGUGCAUUCCCUUCGCUCCAUGCUGCGGACUCCACCCUGGCAGCCCUGUUCAUGAGCCACGUCUUCCCGCGAUUGAAGCCCCUCUGGGUUACCUACACCCUGUGGAUGUGGUGGGCUACCAUGUAUCUUUCUCACCACUACGCAGUCGAUCUGGUCUGCGGUGGUCUACUUGCCACAGUUGCCUUCUACUUUGCCAAGACCCGGUUCCUUCCCCGAGUGCAGGCCGACAAGAUGUUCCGCUGGGACUACGACUACGUCGAGAUCGGUGACUCUUCUCGCGACUUCGGGUAUGAUCUUGCCAGCUUAGAUGGCGAUUUCAACCUGGACAGCGAUGAGUGGACCGUGGGCUCUUCUUCGUCCGUUUCCUCGGGCUCUUUGAGCCCCGUGGACGAUCAUUACACCUGGGAAAGCGAAACUCUCACCUCGAAUCACGACAUCGAGGCUGGACGCUAA